GGUGGCGGAGGGCGACCAUGGCGGAGGCGGAGGCCGGCGGCGACGACGCCCGGUGCGUGCGGCUGAGCGCCGAGCGGGCCCAGGCGCUGCUCGCCGACGUGGACACGCUGCUGUUCGACUGCGACGGCGUGCUGUGGCGCGGCGAGACGGCCGUGCCCGGCGCGCCCGAGGCCCUGCAGGCGCUGCGGGCCCACGGCAAGCGCCUGGGCUUCAUCACCAACAACAGCAGCAAGACCCGCGCGGCCUACGCCGAGAAGCUGCGGCGCCUGGGCUUCGGCGGCCCGGCGGGGCCCGGCGCCGGCCUGGAGGUCUUCGGCACGGCCUACUGCACGGCGCUCUACCUGCGCCAGCGCCUGGCGGGCGCGCCGGCCCCCAAAGCCUACGUGCUGGGCAGCCCGGCCCUGGCCGCCGAGCUGGAGGCCGUGGGCGUCGCCAGCGUGGGCGUGGGGCCCGAGCCGCUGCAGGGCGACGGCCCCGGCGACUGGCUGUCCGCGCCGCUGGAGCCCGGCGUGCGCGCCGUGGUGGUGGGCUUCGACCCGCACUUCAGCUACAUGAAGCUCACCAAGGCCGUGCGCUACCUGCAGCAGCCCGGCUGCCUGCUCGUGGGCACCAACAUGGACAACCGGCUGCCGCUGGAGAACGGCCUCUUCAUCGCGGGUACCGGCUGCCUGGUCCGAGCCGUGGAGAUGGCCGCGCAGCGCCAGGCCGACGUCAUAGGGAAGCCCAGCCGCUUCAUCUUCGACUGCGUGUCCGAGGAGUACGGCAUCGACCCGGAACGCACCGUCAUGGUGGGCGACCGCCUGGACACCGACAUCCUGCUGGGCGCCACGUGCGGCCUGAAGACCAUCCUCACCCUCACGGGCGUCUCCACGCUGGGGGAUGUGAAGCGGAAUCAGGAAAGUGACUGCGUGUCUAGGAAGAAGAUGGUCCCCGACUUCUACGUGGACAGCAUAGCCGACCUCUUGCCCGCCCUUCAGGGUUAAAGGCUGUGUCAUUCGUCUGCAGAAUUUAAAAAAAAAAAAAAAAAAAAAAAAAGCAGAAAUGGACGCCAGUCAGCAGAUGAGUAGGUGGGGCUCCGCUCCGGCUCGCGGGCAGCUCGGAGCAGGGCCACGCCAGCCCCUGAACUGGCAGGUGGGCGUCCGGCGGGCAGGCUUGUCUUCUGAGACGCAGCGUGCAGCUUGGCGGGCGCUGCGGGGCCGAGGCCUGGGCUUCUGCAGGCUCAGGUCAGCUCUGCGUUUUACGGAAAACUUCAUUCAGGGAGGAAGACCCCCGUGGAGGACCGCGGGAGGAGGGGCUGUCCCGACUGAACCAGCUGUGCACCUGCAGGGGGGCGUGGGGUGGGAGGGGCUGCCCUCGCACCCCACUGCCUUUGUGAAAACCACUUGGAUGUCACAGGUGUCUGUUCCACUGCGGCUCCCCACACCCAGCCCUCGGCUGCCCGAGUGGACCUGUAGACCCUGCUGAGCUCCGUGGCCGAGGGUGUGGACGCCUCGGGCUGAACCCUGAGCUGUCCGCCGGGAGCUGGGAGCAGUGUGUGGAGCAAAAGCUUUUUUUUUUUUUUUUUUUUUUAAACUUUGGAACAAGUUUGUCAUGUGUUGAAGUCGAGUCUAAAGUGUGUUAAUAGCUGUGCUGUCCCAUAGAGAAGCUCCCACUGACGAAGUCUCCGUGGCUAAAGGCCUGUGCUGGCCAAGGAAUGCCUGUCACCCAGGGUGCCCUCUGGGUCGGCAGGAAGGCGGGUCUCUUCCACUCCUCCCAUUCCCUGGGGUGGGGCGGGGCUUGUGGCCAUGGGGGGCGAGUAGCUGGUGAGCGGAGUGGUGGGGCAGGCACGGCCAGAGGCUGGGAGGCCAGAGGCUGGGAAGCCGUGCCUUGUGGUCGACCCCUCCCGGUGCCUCGCCCUGCGCCCAGCGGCUUCCACGGCUGCAGGUCACAACGUUCCUUCGCUUGUCCACCAAGUUCUCAGUAACGGGCAAGCAGAGCCGCGCUCCUGGGCGCCGGGCCGGGCGCGUGCCUGUGACGUCGGUGGUGCCGACGCUGGCCGUGCGAGGUCAGCUCAGGGUGGGACUGGACAUGGAGCAGGCCUGUCAGGGCGCCUCACCCACACCAGGAGCACGCGGCACCUUCCUCCUGCCAGGGGCUGGCCUGGGAGCCACGCUGCCCACCGCUGUGUGACCUGAAUGCACAUUAAAUUCUCCAGCCACACUGCCUCGGGUGUUCCUU